CCGAUACCAUCUUGUUCCCCAGCGAGAGACAGAUAUUGAGAGAGCAGCAAAAAUGCAGAUAUUCGUCAAAACCCUAACCGGAAAGACCAUUACUCUCGAGGUCGAGAGCAGCGACACCGUCGACAAUGUCAAGACGAAGAUCCAAGACAAAGAGGGGAUUCCACCUGACCAGCAGCGUUUGAUCUUCGCCGGUAAGCAGCUUGAGGACGGCAGAACCCUGGCUGAUUACAAUAUCCAGAAAGAGUCGACUCUUCAUCUUGUGUUGAGACUCAGGGGAGGAAUUAUUGAGCCUACUCUUAAGGCUUUGGCUCGCAAAUACAAUCAAGACAAGAUGAUUUGCCGCAAGUGUUAUGCACGUCUGCACCCAAGGGCCGUAAACUGCAGGAAGAAGAAAUGCGGUCACAGCAACCAGUUGAGGCCUAAGAAGAAGAGCAAAUAUAAUUGAAUCAAGGUAGAUGAUUCAGAGAGUGCAUGUUGGGCAUUCAAAGUUAUCAUUGCUAGAUUUGGACAUUAAUAUAUGUUUCCAUUGUUUCAAACUAGUUCUAGGUUUUGAAUUUAGUUGCAGUCUACUUGGUCAUUUCCUUAAUGUUUUUAAAAUGAGCAAUGAUUUUUACUUGGCAAGUCAAUAGUUCUACAUUUGGUAUCC